AUGCUGGUCAUCCUCCUGAACUGCGUCACUUUGGGCAUGUUCCACCCUUGUGAAGAUAUGGGCUGUGAUUCGCCACGCUGCAAGAUUCUCCAGAGCUUUGAUGAUUUCAUCUUUGCCUUCUUUGCUGUGGAAAUGGUUGUCAAGAUGAUUGCACUAGGGAUUUUCGGGAAGAAAUGCUACCUGGGAGACACCUGGAACCGGCUGGAUUUCUUUAUUGUUCUAGCUGGCAUGCUGGAAUAUUCUCUGGACUUGCAGAAUGUCAGUUUCUCAGCUGUUCGAACUGUCAGGGUACUCCGGCCUUUGAGAGCUAUUAACAGAGUUCCCAGUAUGCGCAUCCUGGUAACACUGCUUUUAGAUACCCUUCCCAUGUUAGGGAAUGUCCUUCUCCUCUGUUUCUUUGUCUUCUUCAUCUUUGGCAUCGUUGGAGUACAGCUGUGGGCUGGCCUGCUCAGGAACCGUUGCUUCCUACCAGAAAACUUCAGUUUCCCUUACACAGUCGACUUGGAACCGUACUACCAGACAGAGAAUGAAGACGAGAGCCCUUUCAUCUGCUCCCAGCCCCGGGAGAACGGGAUGCGCUACUGCCGCAGUAUCCCCAAACGAAGGGAAGAAGGACUGGAAUGUACACUGGACUAUUAUUCCUACAAUGACACCAGUAAUACUUCUUGUGUCAACUGGAACCAGUACUAUACAAACUGUUCUGCUGGGGAACACAACCCUUUCAAAGGAGCAAUCAAUUUUGAUAACAUUGGAUAUGCGUGGAUUGCAAUAUUUCAGGUCAUCACUCUGGAGGGCUGGGUGGAUAUCAUGUACUUCGUCAUGGAUGCCCAUUCCUUCUACAACUUCAUCUAUUUCAUUCUCCUGAUCAUUGUGGGCUCUUUCUUCAUGAUAAACCUCUGCUUAGUGGUCAUUGCAACUCAGUUCUCAGAGACCAAGCAGCGGGAAAGUCAACUGAUGAAGGAGCAGAGGAUCCGCUACCUCUCCAAUGCAAGCACGCUGGCUAGCUUUUCGGAACCUGGAAGCUGCUAUGAUGAGCUCCUCAAGUAUCUUGUGCACGUCCUUCGUAAGGCCACCAAACAACUAGUGGAAGUCUAUCAGAUGGCAGGGGUGAAAAUGGGACUUCUCUCCAGCCCUGGAAGCAAGAGCAGUGUUGAGAGACAGUCGUGCAAGCAUCUGCCACGGAAAAGGUCAUCCGUGCAUCACCUCAUUCACCAUCAUCAUCACCAUCACCACCACUAUCAUCUGGGGAAUGGUAGCCUACAGGCACCUCGUGCCAGUCCUGAAAUUAGUGAUGUUGACACCAGCUCACUUCAUAAUGGUGCCAAUCGGCUGAUGCUCCCGCCAACAGCCAAUCCUCAUGCGGCUUCCAGCAACACUGAAUCGGUUCACAGCAUCUACCAUGCGGACUGUCAUUUUGAGCCCAUUCACUGCAGAUCAUCUCUCUCUCAGCCUGGUCUCAGCUUACCUGGACCAGAGGUGCUUCCCAGGACUCUGGUUGGCACCAAGGUGUAUCCUACUGUGCGCCCAGGUAGCUCCCAUGAGCUACUGAAGGAAAAGGGUUUAGGAGAACUCACCUUGAACCCUGGGACUAGCACCCUGAUGAACCUGAACAUCCCACCAGGACCUUAUAGUCCAAUGCAAAAAAUACUGGAGACACAGAGCACUGGUCCUUGCCAAAGUUCCUGCAAGAUUUCCAGCCAGGGUGGGAAAUCUGACAGUCCUUCCAAUCCAGAUAGCUGCCCCUACUGCAUCAAGACCUUGGCUAACAAACCAGAGCAAACAGAUAACGAGACAGGAGACUCUGACAGCGAUGGAGUGUAUGAAUUCACCCAGGAUGCUCACUAUGCUGAUCAGAGAGACCCUAAGCGUUGGAAAGCCCAGGGAAGAAAAGCUUUGAAACUUCUAGCCUUCUGGAGAGUGAUUUGUGAGACAUUCCGGAAGAUUGUAGAUAGCAAGUAUUUUGGCCGUGGGAUCAUGAUUGCUAUCCUAAUCAAUACACUUAGCAUGGGGAUUGAGUACCAUGAACAGCCCGAAGAACUCACUAAUGCUCUAGAAAUCAGCAAUAUUGUCUUCACUAGCCUCUUUGCUCUAGAGAUGCUUCUGAAGCUCCUUGUGUAUGGACCUUUUGGCUACAUCAAAAAUCCAUACAAUAUCUUUGAUGGGAUCAUUGUAGUGAUCAGUGUCUGGGAGAUAGUGGGACAGCAGGGUGGUGGCCUGUCUGUUCUAAGGACCUUCCGUCUUAUGAGAGUCCUGAAGCUGGUCCGUUUCAUGCCUGCUCUCCAGCGGCAGCUAGUUGUCCUCAUGAAAACAAUGGACAACGUGGCCACCUUUUGCAUGUUACUGAUGCUUUUCAUCUUUAUCUUCAGUAUCCUCGGCAUGCAUCUCUUUGGUUGUAAGUUUGCUUCUGAGCGAGAUGGUGACACCCUCCCCGACAGAAAGAACUUUGAUUCCUUGCUAUGGGCCAUUGUUACUGUUUUCCAGAUACUUACUCAAGAAGACUGGAAUAAAGUCCUGUACAAUGGCAUGGCUUCUACCUCUUCCUGGGCUGCCCUCUAUUUUAUUGCCCUCAUGACAUUUGGAAAUUACGUUCUUUUUAAUUUGUUGGUUGCCAUCUUGGUAGAAGGUUUUCAGACUGAGGAAAUCACCAAGCGGGAAGCCGCGAGUAGGCAGUUAAGCUGUAUUCAGCUGCCUGUCGACUCGUCAGUGGGUGAUGCUACAAAGUCUGAUUCAGAGGGAGAGCUUUUCCCUCAUAAUCUGGAAGAAGACUGUGGAUUUAAGAAUAGCUUUUCAAACCCAGCCUUGAUGGCUCUUUGUGAUCACCCAGAGCUAAAGAAGAGUUUGACUCCUCCAGUCAUCAUUCACACAGCCGCUACACCUAUGUCCAUGCCAAAAAGUGCCAACUGUGGAGAAGCAGCUCAGGGCUACGAUUCCCGGAGAGCUAGUAGUGUCUCCAUGGAUCCUCAUGCAUAUGAUCUCAAAUCCCCGAUGAGUGCCCGGAGCUCUCCACACAGUCCCUGGAGUGCAGGAAGCAGCUGGAACAGCCGCAGGUCGAGCUGGAACAGCAUUGGGCGGGCUCCCAGCUUGAAACGCCGCCACCAAAGUGGAGAACGCAAGUCGCUUCUCUCGGGGGAUGGGAAGCAGAGUUCGGAAGAAGGAGAAAGCUCUGAUGAAGAGCAGUCCAGCCGGACUGGGAGCAUUAAUGGCUCUAUACCUCACCGCAUGGAGUCAUUGGAGACCAAAGGCUCCUUUGACUUCCAAGAUACCUUGCAGGUGCCUUCUCUUUACCGGACCGGUAGCAUACACAGUAGCCGCAGUUCUGCAUCCGAGCGGCAAGACUGUAAUGGCAAAACAACCUCCAGGGUCCUGGUACAGCAGCUUCAUUUAGAAGAUCCAGUUCCUGAGUGUGAUGAUAUGGAUGAUGAAGGCAACUUGAGCAAAAAAGAACGGAUGAAGGCUUGGAUAAGGGCACGCCUCCCUGCCUGUUGCAAAGAAAGAGAUUCCUGGUCGAUCUACAUCUUUGCUCCUCAAUCGAAAUUCCGUAUGAUAUGCAGUAAAAUCAUCAGUCACAAGAUGUUUGAUCAUAUUGUCUUGGUUAUAAUUUUCCUGAACUGCAUCACCAUCGCGAUGGAACGUCCCAAAAUCGAUCCACAUAGUGCCGAACGGAUAUUCCUCACACUCUCCAACUACAUUUUCACAGCAAUCUUCCUGGCUGAAAUGACCAUAAAGGUGGUGGCACUAGGCUUGUGCUUUGGUGAGAAGGCCUAUUUAAGAAGCAGCUGGAACAUGCUGGACGGGGUACUGGUGCUCAUCUCUGUCGCUGACAUCCUGGUUUCAAUGGUUUCUGACAGCGGGACAAAAAUCCUGGGAAUGCUAAGAGUCUUGCGGCUACUGAGAACCCUGAGACCAUUAAGGGUCAUUAGCCGAGCGCAGGGGCUGAAGCUGGUGGUGGAAACCUUGAUGUCAUCUCUGAAACCCAUUGGAAACAUUGUGGUCAUUUGCUGUGCUUUCUUCAUCAUUUUUGGCAUCUUGGGAGUCCAGCUAUUCAAAGGGAAGUUUUUUGUCUGUCAAGGAGAAGACACAAGGAACAUCACCAAUAAAUCAGACUGCGCAGAAGCCAGCUACAAAUGGGUCCGGCACAAGUAUAAUUUUGAUAAUCUCGGCCAGGCCUUAAUGUCUCUGUUUGUUUUGGCCUCCAAAGAUGGGUGGGUUGACAUCAUGUAUGAUGGACUGGAUGCUGUAGGAGUGGAUCAGCAGCCAUCCAUGAACUAUAACCCUUGGAUGCUCCUCUACUUCAUCUCCUUCCUGCUGAUCGUUGCCUUCUUUGUCCUCAACAUGUUCGUGGGAGUUGUGGUUGAGAAUUUUCAUAAGUGCCGCCAACAUCAGGAGGAAGAGGAAGCCAAGAGGCGAGAGGAGAAGAGACUCAAACGGCUGGAGAAAAAGAGAAGGAAGGCACAGUGCAAACCAUAUUACUCUGAUUACUCUCGCUUCCGACUUCUGAUUCACCAAAUGUGCACCACCCAUUACCUGGAUUUGUUCAUCACAGGUGUCAUUGGGCUCAAUGUCAUCACUAUGGCCAUGGAGCACUACCAACAGCCCAAGGUUCUUGAUGAAGCUCUGAAGAUCUGCAAUUACAUUUUCACUAUCAUCUUUGUCAUGGAAUCUGUUUUCAAGCUGGUUGCAUUUGGGUUUCGCCGAUUCUUUCAAGACAGAUGGAACCAAUUAGACCUGGCAAUAGUGCUCUUGUCCAUCAUGGGGAUCACACUUGAAGAGAUUGAGGUGAAUGCAUCACUACCGAUCAACCCCACCAUCAUCCGCAUCAUGAGGGUCCUGAGGAUUGCUCGAGUGCUGAAAUUGCUGAAGAUGGCUGUAGGGAUGAGAGCUCUGCUGGACACAGUCAUGCAAGCGUUGCCUCAGGUGGGAAAUCUAGGUCUUCUCUUUAUGCUGUUGUUUUUCAUCUUUGCAGCUCUUGGAGUGGAACUUUUUGGAGACCUUGAAUGUGAUGAUACCCAUCCCUGUGAGGGCUUAGGGCGACAUGCAACUUUUCGAAACUUUGGGAUGGCCUUCCUCACACUCUUCCGUGUAUCCACAGGAGACAACUGGAAUGGCAUAAUGAAGGACACACUGCGAGACUGUGAUGAGGAAUCCACCUGCUACAACACCGUCAUCUCGCCCAUCUACUUUGUCUCAUUUGUGCUGACAGCCCAGUUUGUCCUGGUGAAUGUGGUGAUUGCUGUACUGAUGAAGCACCUUGAGGAAAGUAACAAGGAAGCAAAGGAGGAAGCAGAACUAGAAUUGGAGCUGGAAAUGGAAAUGAAGACAAUCACCCCAGGCCAGCAUCCACUCUCUGACCCUUUCGUGUGGGCAGGUGGCAAUGGAGGAGAAAGGCCUGACAGCCCCGGAGGAUAUACUAACCCCAUGCAGAUCAAGAUGGAUUCUCAGCUUUCAUUGGUCCACCCUAUGACCAACAUUCCCUCUAGGAAUGACUCACUGAUUUUCUCACCAAGUCAGGAUCAUCUGAGCGUAAGGAAGACUUCUGUAGGUCGUACCCAUUCUUUACCAAAUGAUAGCUAUAUGUUUCAGGCGCCAAACACAGGUGUCUAUGAUGGCUCCUCUGGAGAAAAGAAUUCACCUCAUCAAAAAUCACAGUCAGGCUCCACAACCUCUGUGCAGUCUCAGCCUGCAAAUAUCAAUGCUCUCCUACAAAUUCCAAGAGAUCCCUUCCACCACCUGAAGCCCCAAUACAACAUGGACUGGGAAAACAAAUCUAAAGUCCUUCCAGCUGUGCAUUCGCCUUCUGCAGAGCGGUUACUUCGCAGACAGAUGGCAAUACGAAAUGACUCCCUGGACACCCCUAGCUCAGAAAGCAGAGAGAACAUCCGUGUCGAGGUGAGUGAACUCUCUGAUCCAAAUUUGUCAGCUCCCUUCAGUGAGGAUCUGAUGCCCUCAGAAGCCAACGAGGCAGCCAGCUGGAGGCGAUCAAGCGUUCGCACGCAACAACAUUCCUGCAACCAGUAUAAUAUUUCCAAGCACGUUCCAGAUUUAUGUGCCUGUACAGAUUCGCUUCAAGAACUACCUGGAGACCCGAUGGACCAAGAAGUAUCAGAAAUAAACAGCUCUUUUACUUCAGGAACUUGUUCAGCCAUGAGUGCCUCUUCCGUGGUUCAACCUGAGACCCCUAAGAGAAAUUUGGGCAACAGUGGCAAUGUGACUUUGAAAGACCUGAAGAAGUGCUACAGCGUAGAUACGCAGGGUCUUCUUAAAAAACCGUCAUCUUGGUUAGAUGAUCAAAGGAGACAUUCCAUAGAAAUUUGUUCCAUGGAAAACAGUCCUCAGCAUCAUUCCACCACUUCUAGCUCUUCUGGCUUCCUCAGUCAGGUCUUAAGUGAAAUGGAAGGCUUGCCGGGGACGCGGCCGAAGAAAAAACUGAGCCCCCCUUGUAUAUCCAUAGAGCCACCCGAUGAACAGCGAUUGUUCCUGAGGGGAUCCCGCACUGCAUCCCCCGCCCCCACAGCAGACGUCUGCUUGAGAAGACGGGCUCCCUCCUGGGAUUCCAAGGAUUCGAUGGACGCAGGGGACUCGGCCCUUCCAGACAGUAUGUCCGUCUCUCCGGCCCCAAAGAAAGACUUGUUGAUGCCCCCUAGUUUCUCCUUUGAUCAGACAGACACGGACCCUUGAGUUUUAUUUUUUUAUUAUUAUUAUUAUUAUUUUGUUUUAUUUUAUUUCGUUAUUGGUGCCAAACAUUUCUUUUCUCCCUCAUGUAAUAAAUUAAACCUCUCUAUUCUAAACCGGCACUGAUUUUUUUUUAAAAAAAAGAAAAUCCAAAGAAAGUUUAAAGAGCUAGCUGGUUGAAGGAGUAGUGAAGCUAUAUCACGCUUACUUAAGCAUAAGUUCUGCUUGGGUAAAAGCAAUACAUUGUUCAGAGUCUAUAAUGUAUAUUCUAUUUUAUUAAAUUAAUUGAACCUAGCAUUGCAGGAAGUAGUACAUUUUGUGGCUUUAAAAAACUGGUUUCUUUUCUUCUGUUUUAUGUAUCUCAGAAUAUUCCUGAGACUAUGAUGGGCUUUU